GUGUGUACCCGAAAGUACGUGCUUACGUAGCGUGUCACGUCGCCGUACUGUGACGCGCAGUGACGCGCUUUUCCCGCCGUUGUGAGGCGUGGGUCUUUUUCUGUGCAAGAGGAACACAAACGUGUACAACCUUCAGACCCGUAAAAAUGCCCACUGUUCACGACUGGAUCAACAGCCCCCUCGGUGUCGUGGAAGGCAUUUUUGCCCAGUACAAUUCCAGUCCAGACUGGGAGCAGAAGGUUCUGGAUUUUUUCAGAGAGAAACUAAAGGACCAAGAAGCAGCGAGCUGGGUUCCCUCGCUGAACGAUGUUCCUCUGCACUACCUGAAGACCAGCAGCUUGGUGAAGUUCCGCUGCAUGGUGCAGGACAUGUUUGAUCCGGAAUUUUACGUGGGGGUGUAUGAAACGGCUGGCCCCUCCCCUGAAUCCAAGGUCUUAAAGCUUGGAAAGUACAAGGACAUGACUGACUGUGAGGUGGACUUGAACUCCAAACAUGUGGUGACCAUGGAGAGGCAGAGCUUUUACUGUAUGCCGAUUCCUGGGGAGUCACAGUGGGUGAAAGACGGGUUCGCCUGCUGUAACCAGGCACGCGUACUUCCCUCCACCUCGUACGUGCCGCAGCGGCACAAGCGGAGCCAUGAGGAGGACGACGAGAUGGAGACGCAGCCGCACAAGCAGAAGGAGCAGCUGACGGGGGAUCACGCUGCCACAGAGGCCUUUGGCCACGGAGACACCAAACGGCUAGAGACAGGAUCCCAGAGUGGGCACACUGCCGCCUCCGGAUGUCCCCACCCCCUGGAGCUGAACUUCCCCCUGCCCGGGGAGACGGGGCCUGCCUGCCUGGUGAAGGUCUACGAGGAGUGGGAGAAGUUCAAAGUGAACGACGUGUUGGAGGUGUACGGGAUCUUGUCGGUGGACCCUCUGCUGAGCGUCAUCGCUGAGGAACGAGAAGGACAUUUUGUGGAUCCAAUGGAGAGCCUGGAAGAGCAGAGAGCCCACAGUCCACCUGCCUCCUUGGUUCCCCGAGUUCACAUGCUGCAUGCCUACAGACUGCAGCAUAAUAACCCACUACUGCCCCCUGCUGCCUCGGAGGUGUCCUCGGGCUUCCUGGGCGAGCUGGCAUCCAUCAGAGCGGAGCUCGUCGGCUUCCUCACGCAUGUGUUGCUAGGAGACAGUUUGGCGGCGGAGUACCUCCUCCUGCACCUCCUGUCUAACGUCUACGCCCGGAGAGACGUCCUUCCUCUGGGGAAGUUCACCCUCAACCUGAGCGGCUGCCCCCCCAGCUCCUCUUACACCGAGCAGCUCUUCGGGGUGCUACAGCAGCUCGUGACAUGUUCCCACCGGGUCUGCAUGAGCCUUGGCAACAUGAACGGCCUGCACUUCACACCGCAGAAGGACUACACAGCCAACCGGCUACGCAGCGGCAUGCUGCAGCUGACCCCCAACACGCUGCUCGUCUUGGACGAGACGCAGCUGCAGCAGGGGCAGCUGGACGCGGCGGGCGUCAGGAACAUCACUGCGCUGGGCAACCUGAUCUCCUGGCAAAAGGUUGAUUAUGACUUCAGCUACCACCAGAUGGAAUUCCCCUGCAAUAUUAAUGUGCUGAUCGCGUCAGAGGGAAAAUCACUCCUGCCGUCCGACUGCCACAUGCCCCUCCAGCCCCAGCUGGCCCCCCCCAACAUGGAGGAGUACAUGGGCGCCCUGCAGGCAGCGCUGCCCCCGUCCCUGUUGAAUAAAUUCCGCAUUUAUCUGACCGCGCUCCGGCACCAGGAAUACAGCAUCUCCGAGGAGCUGACCAAGAUGGUGGAGGAGGACUUUGUGGAAAUGCGGAAGGAGGACCCGCAGAGCAUCUCCGCAGAUGACCUUCACAGAACGUUAGUGGUUGCCAGGCUGCUGUCCCUCAGCGCGGGUCAGAGCACGCUAUCGCGGGACCGCUGGGUGCGAGCCAAGCACCUGGAGGCCAGGAGAACCAGCAGGACACCGCAACGGACCAUCAACAGCAAUGAGCCCUAGGCAGCAAGGCAUCAUGGGAAAGCAGGGGGUGGGGCUCACCCUGGCCCGUUUAAUUAAUGAAGCUUACACAGCCAUUUUUCUACUUUGGAGAAACGAAUAAACUAUUUCACUAAUUCUCCUGGUACUUGUAUGAUUUUCGUUAUCUCACUGGCCCUGGCCAUGGAUGUCUUUCUUUAGUUCCAUGUUUGUGCCAAGAUUGUUAUGGACAACAUUUUCAAUUAUUUCCCCUUUAACAUUUUCUAAUAAAUUCUUGAACUAA